CACAACUUGGGGGUCAAGUCAAGGAAUGCUUCCUGGAGGCAGCAGCUUGGGUCUAACCAGACUCCCCUGGAGCCUGAAAGGCCAUGUGUGCCUGUGUUUGCUUGCAGGACAGAGGCUGAUGGGAAAUCCUAUGUGAAGUACCAGGUCAUCGGCAAGAACCAUGUGGCAGUGCCCACCCACUUCUUCAAGGUGCUGAUCCUGGAGGCAGCAGGCGGGCAAAUUGAACUUCGCUCCUACGUGAUGCCCAAUGCCCCCGUGGACGAGGCAAUCCCGCUGGAGCGCUUCCUGGUGCCCAUCGAGAGCAUCGAGCGGGCCUCGGGGCUGCUCUUUGUGCCGAAUAUCCUGGCAAGGGCAGGGAGCCUCAAGGCCAUCACUGCCGGCAGCAAAUGAGGGCAGCAGCCCGGCCAGACUGAGGGUGUGUGGCUGGUCGCAUUAAAGAUGGUUAUUUUUGGAGGAA